AUGUGCCUCUUUGUCGAGACCCACUACUCCAAUUGCAAGCAUACGUGCUUCGAGCUUCACCUCUUUUGCCGCGAAAUCCUCCGGCAACUAAACCGGAUCAACGAUCGGGAACAGCUCAGAGACUACGCGUUGCCAUUUGAUGCUGAUUGUCCUACCUGCCAGCCAUACACAAUCACCAUGAAACCAGCCACGCUGCAUCCGGACAUGAAUUAUCUGAGUGUGAUUUUGGAGAGCAAUAUCGUGUACCAGAUAAUGGAUUUGGCGGAGAGCUGUCCCGAGUGCAAUGAAAAGGGAUCGUGA